GCACUCGAACAGGAAAUGACUGACAAAUAGAAAACUGAGUAAAACUAAACAUAUUUUAGCCUUUUUUGUUAUGUCCGAAUCAGCAGGCGUUGUCAGUAAACUCACGGACGGGUUUCUCAGUUUUGGAGAAUCGUUCAUUCCAAGUUCGUAUGUGACGUCCUUCAGGGAACUCAUCUUGGACAACGAAAACACGAUCGCCCUCCAAAUUCUGGUGAUCCUUGUGGUGUGGUUAUUGUUGAAUCUGUGCCUAAUACGAUCAGCUUGGAGCAUUUACUCAAGUGACGUGCAUAGUAUUUUAACAGCUCAAGGCCGCAGUCAGUCAGUUCCAAGAGAAAGAGAACGCAGAGACACAGAUAAUGGUCAUAUGAAGAGAGAGUGACACAUCUGGAACUGACCUAUAAGUAGCAUCUGUCCUUGCAUUCACAAGCAGUUUGAACAAAAGACUGACAAUGGCAGCCAUCAAGAGAUUCUUCCAGAAGAAGAAGUUAGACGUGAAGUUUAAGAAGGCAGGAGAAGGCCACAAGCUAACAGAGGAGAGACAGGCCGCCCCAAGACCCACUGGGCAGAUGUUCGCCUCGGGGUCAAACCGGCCUCAGACCACGGCAGACGCAAAAAGAGCUGGUGAAGCGGCCCUUGCCAGAUUUGAGUCAGAGAAGACAACUAAAGAUGACCAAAGUUUCCAGCUGGCGCGGGUCCGGAUGAAGAAGCAGAUGGAGGGUGAGAAGAAGGCCCUUGAAGAGGCCGAGGCCACGGGAGCCUCGUACAGAGAGGAACCCACCCGGGUGGUCCAGGAUUCUGCCCCAGUCCUCGCCGACAUCCUUUUCAAGUGCCCCGAGAUAGGCCCUGUUGUCCUGCCCAAGAUGGAGAUGGAGGCGUACAUCCACGAGUACCUCCUGGGGAGCCUCGCCGAGGAGCCUGAGAUGACCUCGGCCCUCAUGAUCCACACCCUCAACAAAAACAAGGACAAGGUGAAGGUCGGGAUUGAUACACUCUUGAAGUACAUAGACAACAUCUUGGCGCACCCGGGGGACGAGAAGUACAGCAAGAUCCGGGUCAACAACAAAGCAUUCCAGGAGAGGGUGGCCAGUUUGGAAGGAACUCAUGAGUUUCUUCAGUCAGCGAGGUUCAAUGUUACAGAGCUUCCAUUUGAAGACCAUGAAGAACAGUUUUAUGUCAUGUCCACAGAGGAUUCCAAAGAAGAAGAAAGACUGAAGAAUCUGAAAGAUGUUUUGUUAGCUGCCGAGCCUUUAAGGCCUCAGCUUGACCGGGCUUUGAAAGUGUUUCAUGCGUCAGGUUCAGCGUCCAAGUUCGUUAUUCCUGAUGAGUUUUAUAACAUCACGCCGGAGGAAUUGAAGAAAGAACAACAGCGACAGACGGAAGCUGUCGAGAAGCUGGGCAUGCUCCGAACGAAAGCGAUGCGGGAGAGGGACGAACAGCGGGAACUUCGAAGAUACCGUUACGCUUUACUUAGAGUUCGUUUCCCAAACGGAAUUAUGUUGCAAGGGACUUUUAGGACGGUUGAGAAAUUGCAAGCAAUUCAUGAGUUUAUCCGUGAGAAUUUGCAUGAAGAUUGGAUGCCUUUCCAGCUUAUUACCUCCACUGGGCAGAAGCUGACUGAGGAUGCCAUGACAAUAGCUGAAGCAGGGUUGGCCCCGGCAGCUGUGGUGAACUUUUCGUGGGACCCGACUGUCAUGGCAGAGAUCGCUGCGCAGAAGGGUAAAACACAGGAGGGGAACUAUUUAAAAUCUGAUGUUAUUGUUUUGAUACAGUCUUUGUGAGUUUGGUUGAGUGAGUCUCAUGCAUUCUGGUCACCUCACUAGCUUGAAACACUAAUACAUCUCUGUUGAUAAGGCUUGGCCUGCCUGACUGUGGUUGUGAUGUGACACUGGUCAGACAGUCCAGGGUUAGUUCUACCUAGACCCUUGAAGAUCCGGACUAUGCUUGUCGUAAGAGGCGACUAAUGGGAUCGGGUGGUCAGGCUCGCUGACUUGGUUGGUGCAUGUCAUCAUAUCUCAAUUGUGUGGAUCGAUGCUCAUGAUGUAAAUCAAUGGAUUGUCUGGUCCAGUCUCGAUUAUUUACAGACCGCCAUCAUAUAACUGGAAUAUUGCUGAGUGUGGCAUUGAACAACAAACAAAAGCAUGCUGGUCACCUCACUAGCUUGAAACACUGAUAGGUUCGGCCUGUCUGACUGUGGAUGCGAUGUGACACUGGUCAGAUAGUCUAGGGUUAGUUCUACCUAGGGGGAAGGCUAGUCCAGUAAUCUUACACACUGUAAGAAGGAUUUUUCUAGACCUGCUCCGAGGCCAAUAUUUGGCCCCAAGUCUGAAGCGAUUGUCCAUAAAAAUUCCCAAAUUGGAAUUAACCAUUUCCCAAGAUGGUAUAAUUAAUGUAAUGCUUUGUAGAGGGGACUUGUAUUUCACUGAAAACAACUGUUGUUGAAGGAGAUUUUGUGCUUAUAUUUACAUUAUUGCAAUAAAUGCAAUAUGAAAACACUUUGUUAAGAUAUCACUUAACUAAAACAAAUAGAACAAUAACAAAAUUCCAAUUUUCAACAAUAUGAUGCAAGUUUUGCCCUAUUUGUUCUGCCAAGGGCAGCUUGUUAAGAAUCGUAGAUAAUUUCCUGCGCAAUUGACUACGCAGAGUUGUGUCCCUUUGGCAAGUCAGCAAAAUGAUUGGGGGUUCAAAUCCCAUUCUAAAUAUAUUUAUAGGUUCCUCAGCACAAAUACCCCUCCUUGUGGGUUUAUGGCUUUAUACAUUUUAGGAAAGUAAAGCUUGAGGCUUGUUUGUAUACUAAACAAAAAGAGUUAGGGAUCAUAAUUAUUUUGGAGGAUAUUUUUGUGAAAUUGCAUACUCAAUCUUCACUACAAAAAAAAUACAAUAAAAUAUUCCUGGCCCCUCACUUUCUUGUUCAGUUUAUGAAGCCAGACCAGUUUCUAGAUUUAGUUGUUUUCUUGGUCAGAGUGCCAGAAACAGAAAGGCGAA